ACUUUUAUCCGCCAAAACAACAACGUUAGAUCCCAUCGAUGUUCAGUACCGUGCGGGAAGUGAAGGAGUGUCGCGUUUGAAAUUUCCUCCCGGAUAAACGGCCCCAAUUUAAGUUGAAUUAACAUUUUCGUGAAGCCGAAAUUUCCCUCUUUAUUUCGGUGGAUCGGGUUUAUAGGGGAAAGUGUUCGCUGCGUAGUAAAUUGCUUUUGAAAAUUCGGCAAUUCUGACAUUAAUCCGCCAAAACAACAAGGUUAGAUCCCGGCUGGCUUGUAGGCGUGUUGACAGUGUAGCAGCUAGUCGUCUCCAAGGGGAUCCGAAACGGCACGCCACUGCUAAUGGAAUCCGAGGGUCAUGCGGAUCGGAGAGAACAGAGAAGAUACCUGCUCGACCAGCUUUCUUUCAUGGUCUUCGUAAUCGAUGGUAAUCUUACUGUAUGCGUUGCAUUGGCCCCGAAAUGUGCAGGACGGGGAGAGUGUACCGAGUCCCGCCACGGACCUGACUAGGGGCGGCCCCCUUCAGCUAUGCCCUUCAAGCUGAAGCUGAAAAAGUCGCGGCACUACAGCGUCGUGUCCAAAAGCCUCUUCGUCAUCUCGGUGGAGAUUCUGGAUGGUACCAACGUGGAGUGCACGCUGUCCUCGGAAAGCACCGGCCAGGACUGUCUGGACAUUGUGUGCCAGAAGUUGGGGCUCAAUCAGCUCAAGUUCUUCGGGCUGCAGUACGUGAGCUGCAGCAGCGACGGCUCGCUAUGCUGGCUGGAGCUGGAGAAGCCAAUGAAGCGGCAGCUGGACAAACACGCCAGAGGCCUCUCCGUCUAUCUGCGUGUCAUGUACUACGUUAUAUCGGGAGUGCGGCUCAUCACCGACGAAGUGACCAGGUACCACUAUUUCCUGCAGCUGAAGCAGGACGUGAUUGAGGGUCGGUUGGCCUGCACGCCCCAACAGGCCGUCGAGCUGGCCAGCUACUCAAUGCAAGCCGAGUUUGGAAACUUUGACUCUGAACGACACACCGCUCUCUACCUGAAAGAUUUCCAGCUGUUUCCCAAGACUUUCACCGAUCCUGUGCUGCUCGAGUCCCUGACGGAGGCGGCUAGCAGACAGCACGCCGCCCUUCACAAUCUACCUCAAAGCACCGCCGAAGAGUACUACAUUUGCGCCUGUCAGCGAUUAGACGGCUAUGGAGACGAGGAGUUCCAUGUGAAAGACAAGGCGGGGAACCAGGUGGUCAUUGGAAUUGGCCUGACUGGGGUAGCUGUCGCUCAUGUGGACCGAAACCCCAAGCACUACCGAUGGUCGGACAUCAGCAACGUGAUCAACCACAAGAAGGAGUUCAUUGUGGAGUCGGUGGGCGGAGUGGACAAGGCGGAGUUUCUCUUUGGAGACGUGGACAGUGCCAAGAACGCGUGGCGCUUCUGCGUGCUGCAGCACAUGUUCUUCCGGCAGUUUGAGGCGAAUAGCGAGGCCGAGCCCUGCAGCAGGGAGCCGCCGGGCUUUCAGCAGGCCAACGAGGACGCGCGCGAGAUGGAGAGCAGCGAAGACAUUGCGCCCCAAUGGGAGGUGCCGCAGCGCGCCCAAUCCACCUCUUGCUUGGACUUGCACACCUCCGACUUGGACAACCUGCGCAGCCUGCUUCCCUCGUACCGGCCCGCGCCCGACUAUGAGACCGCCAUACAGCAGAAAUACCGGAAUUCUUCCAGUGCCUUGAUGCCGGUUGAACCGCACGCCUCUGCGUACAGCUCGCAGCCGGAAAUCCACCAGAGCGCCCACUUCCGGUACCCGGACAUCACGCAGAACACCUUCAACAACCAGGGCUUCAUCGAGGCGCCGUUCGUCGUCAAGGAGAACCGCCAGGUCAACUUUGAUGGGGUGGGAAUCGUGCAUGUGUACAAGCAGCCGCCGCCCUACCCGGCCAAUCGGAUCGGCUCCAAUUCCACCCCUGAUCUGGCGGGCAUCUCGCAGCAACAGCCCCCGGCUGGGUUCUUCGUCAACAAUCUGAUCAGCGGCUCCAGCCCGGACCUGGUGUCCGGCGACAGUCGCUUCCUGAAGCAGCAGUAUGCGGAAGCGUACCCGAACCCGAUCCAUCGCUCCCACAGCUACUUGACGCAGCCACACAGCAACUACGAGAACAUCUCUUCGGUGCUGCAGCAGGCCGUGAUCGUCGAGAACCCGAACAUAACAAAACACAUCCAGAAGGUCUACGACGAGCACGGCAACAUCAUCUACUGCAUGCCGGCCAACAUGAAGCAGCUGCUGCAGAGCAACCGGGGGUUCGUGGUGGCGCGCAACCCUCAGCUGACCAACUCCUCGGAACCCAUCUAUGAGAACCUGCCUAGACCCUGGCAGAACGAGGGCAGCGGAGCGGAGGCUCGCAGUCGGGCACAAAGCGUCCAUUCGGCGCCCGAUGCCGCCCAGACCUUGCAGAACCAGCCCUUUGAAGAACCGGAGCGGGAGAACGUUUACGCCAAUGUGGGGCUCAGCCCUGUAAGGCAGGAGCCGGCCUUUGCGCCGCCCCUUGAGUCUUUCCGCGACAGUGUCAGUGAGGCGAACAGCAGCAAGACAAAGAAGAAGCGCUGGGGACUGCUGAUUGGCAAAAGCAAGUCGGAGGAGAAGGUAAAGAGCGCCACGUUGAAGAUGGAGAAGAAGAAGGACGAGAAGGGACAGGGAAAGCAUCGCUGGUCCACUGGGCAGGCGAAGUUCAAUCCGCUGCCGCCCUCCAUCAGCAAGGAGGCCAUGUGCCAGCUGCUGGAGAACAAGCUAGCCGACAGUCAGCUGUUCUUCGAGUUUGAUAAAAUCCCGAAAAAGAAAGAGAAUGCUGGUUUCUCCACGUCGCUGCUGCCCGAGAACGCGCCCUUCAACCGAUUCAAGGACGUGCUGCCCUACGAGGACAACCGGCUGCGGCUCACGCCCACCAAGGGCAACAAGUACGGCUACAUCAACGCCUCCCAUAUCACGGCCACGGUGGGCAGCAAGCAGCGCUUCUACAUCGCCGCCCAGGGCCCGACCCGCACCACCCUGCCGUACUUCUGGCAGUGCGUGUGGGAGGCCGAAGUCUACUUGAUGGUGCAGCUCACCGACCAUACAGAAGAUCUCACGUACCUGCCCGACUCGGAUGAGCGAUGCGUCAACAUCGGCAAGGACUACCAGGUGUGGUGGGAGUUUUCGCAGAAGACCGGCCACUGCAUUACCAGCAAGAUCAGACUGUGUCAGGUAGCGUCGCGGCGUUACCGCACCAUGUGGCAUCUGCACUACACGGAUUGGGGCGACCAGGGUUGCCCUAAUUCGGUCGCCCACUUUCUCGGUUUCCUCGAGGAGAUGCAAGGCGUCUACCAGCACUCGAUGAGCGAGAUCCCGCCCGGCCACAACAAGAACCCGCCCAUUUUGGUACACUGCACGGCGGGCGUGGGCCGGACGGGGCUCACCAUCCUCAGCGACCUGCUGCUCUACACAGUGGACCACAACCAGGAGGUAUGCAUCCCAGGGGUGGUGGGUCUACUGAGGCAGCAGCGCCCCCAGAUGAUCCAGACCAUUGCUCAGUACCGGUUCGUCUACUCGCUGCUGAUUCACUACCUGAAGCAAACUAGAUUAAUUUGACGCGCCAUGACUUUGUUUAGGAGAUUUCAUUAUAUCGUUUGUUGCUCUGUA